CGCGAUCGCAGAUCACUUAAAAAUGCUUACUGCUUACUGCCUACUGCCUACUGUUUAGUGAUUACAGCUUACCAUUCUUUCGGAAAACUUGUUUUAUAUGCUCCGUAAGUAAAUUAUUUAUUUAUUAUUUGACGUUUGAAAAAAAUAUACGCCAAUUUCUGGAAACAAACGCCAUGGCUGACAUAAGCUCGUACAGAGACCAACAUUUUAAAGGCUCUAGAAGUGAGCUCGACAAGUUGUUGCGUUUAUCAACAACUAUGUACAUUGGAAACUUGGCAUUUUAUACGACGGAAGGACAGAUAUACGAACUGUUCUCUAAGUGUGGUGAUAUUAAACGCAUUGUCAUGGGACUGGACAAAUUCAAGAAAACACCUUGUGGCUUUUGCUUUAUUGAGUACUAUACUAGGGAAGAUGCAGAGAAUUGUAUGCGUUAUGUCAACGGCACUCGACUGGAUGACCGAAUCAUUCGUACAGACUGGGAUGCUGGAUUUCUGGAAGGCAGGCAAUAUGGUCGUGGAAAAACAGGCGGUCAAGUACGAGACGAAUAUAGGACUGAUUAUGAUAUUGGCCGAGGUGGAUAUGGUAAAAACGCUCAACCUAAAGCAGACAUGAUAAUAUUCGGCAGAAACAAAGACGCCCUUCCAAUGGAUUAAUGCACAAUUUUAGCCCACAAAAUUAUAUUUUUUUCAGAUAUAUAAUUUUUUUUUUUUCAUUGUGUAAAUUUCCUACCACUUGAUUUUGUAAAUAAAUAAAUAUUUUAUAUGUUGUA